UGUGUGGUUGAUCAAUACAGUUUAGUGUCCACAGGAAACUGGGCGAGGCAGUCAACACACUCUGUUAUAAGCCAUCAGUCGCACUUAGGAUCCUUACAAGACGGAGGAGUUUCUUCAGAUGGAGGUCUCAAAGGAGAGUAUGUCAGACCUGGAGAGCGGCAUGGUCACUAUUAUCACAGUUUUCCACAAAUAUUCGGGUCACAAGUGCAAGCUGAAGAAAGCAGAGCUUAAAGCACUUAUCAACAAUGAGAUGAGUCAUUUCAUAACGAAAAUCCAAGAGAAUGAAAUUCUGGAUGAGCUCUUUGCUGACCUCGACCAGAACGGAGACCUGGAGAUUGACUUCAAAGAGUUCAUCGCCCUCAUCGCCAUGGUCACCUCAGCAUGCCAUGAACUCUUCAUCCCAAGCCACUAUGAAUAGUUAGCAUGUAUACUCAUUACUCAUUAAAACAUUGAGGAUCACA